UUAACUGAAGCAGAGAAGCGAUGUCAGCAGUGUGGCUGUCUUUUCAGCAUUGAAGGAGUAGGAAAAUAAGAUAUAAUAUUGCUUUCAGCAGCAGGUCUGAUAAUAAACUCGUGUCUCCAGGGAAAAAGCAGCGCUGAUGCGUCACUUCAACGAGGUUUCAGCAAACCAGCAGCUUUUGUCCUAGAUGGUUUUGGGACUCCAUAGAUCCACAGGGAGGACCAUUAUCAACAGAUGGAGAAAACAUGGAGAACCUUCCCAGGAGUGUUUGACCUACCAAAAUUACUCCAAGAGCUCAUCAACAACUCUUCCAGGAGGUCACAGGAGAACCCAGAUCCACAUCUAAAGCUCUGCAGGCCUCACUGCCUCAGUUAAGCACCAUGAGUCUGAGCCGUACCAAGCGUAUCAGCUCCAGUAACUCGGUCCGGAGCAGCAGCGGCUCCAGGAGGCUCAGCGGCUUUGGAGCGGGUCAGGGGGGCUUCAGUGGCGUCUCUCUGAGCAGCAGCUCCCUGUACGCUGGUGCCAACGGGCACCAAUCUGGUCUGAGGGCCUCACUCACAUCUCUGUCAGUUAACAAGAGUCUGUUGGCUCCCCUGAACCUGGAGAUCGACCCCAACCUGUCCAUGAGCAGAGCCCAUGAGAAGGAGCAGAUCAAGAGCCUCAACAACCGCUUUGCAAGCUUCAUCGACAAGGUCCGUUUUCUGGAGCAGCAGAACAAAAUACUUGAGACCAAACUGGAUUUGCUGCAGGUACACGGUGUUACCCGGUCUAACGUGGAACCCUUGUUUGAGGCCUACAUGGCAGGUUUGAGGCGUCAGAUGGACCUGGUGAACAACGACAGAACCAAACUAGAUGGGGAGCUGAGGAACAUGCAGGGCCUGGUGGAGGACUUCAAACACAAAUAUGAGGAGGAGAUUAACAAGAGAAACAACCUGGAGAACGACUUUGUCAUCCUGAAGAAGGAUGUAGACUCAGCCUACCUGAUCAAAGCAGAUAUUGAGGACAAGGUUGGAGCUCUGAGUGAUGAAAUCAACUUCCUUCGCAAUGUUUAUGAGGAGGAGCUGCGUGAGCUGCAGGCCAGCAUCAAAGACACCUCAGUGGUGCUGCAGAUGGACAACAGCCGCAGCCUCAACAUGGAGCAGAUAGUAUCUGAAGUCAAAUCCCAGUAUGAGGAGAUUGCUGCCCGCAGCAGAGAGGAGGCAGAGGCCUGGUACAAGAAUAAGUUUGAUCAAAUGUCCGUGCAAGCCAGUCAGUUUGGAGAUGAGCUUCGCAUUGUGAAAGGAGAGGUUGCCGAGGUCAACCGAAUGAUCAGCCGUCUGCAGAGCGAGAUAGAGGCUGUGAAAGCGCAGCGAGCCAGUCUGGAAAACCAGUUGGCCGAAGCAGAAGAGCGUGGGGAGCUGGCUGUGAAAGAAGCUAAAGCUAGGACCAGAGACCUGGAGGACGCUCUGCAGAGAGCCAAACAGGACAUGGCCAGACAGCUGAGAGAGUACCAGGACUUAAUGAAUCUGAAAUUAGCUCUGGACAUUGAGAUCGCCACUUACAGGAAGCUUCUUGAAGGAGAGGAAGACAGACUUGGACAGCAGUCCAUCAUUAACAUCCAGGCCGUUUCCAGCCCCAUUCCAAAAUAUAGCAAUGGCUACCAAAGCAGCAGCAGCUCUCCAGCUCCAAAACUGCUAAUCAAGACCAUCGAGACCAGAGAUAACUCCAGAUACAGCUUUCACUAAGAUCCCACACCAGCUCCCUGUUCAAAUUUGGUUUUGGGAUGCAUGCACACCUACGAAUCAGUCAGUCAGUCAGCUUUUAUAUAAAAUAGUUGAUAUUUAGGCCAUGUAAUCUUAACAAUUACUGUAGAACUAUUACUAGGGACCAGUUGUAUGGUAUGUGUUAGUAGCCACUCUUUCUUCUUUAGGAAAAACAAUUGUUAUUACUUCAAUUUAACCCAUAAUAAUAUGUGAAGAAGGUGAUCCACUUAUACUAUUGUUAGGUAUUAAUGACAACGUAGCCCAAAAUUAGCUGUGAGUUGCAUUUAAGGUCAAUUUAACUAAUAAUCAGACAGAAAUGUAAUCAUGGGUUUGAAUUUAAUUUAUCAGUUAUGUGUCAAUUCACAAAUAAACCGAAUCUUAACAAA